UGUAAAGAGACAGCUACUUUCUGCAGAGUCCUCCUACAACUACUCCUGUGACAUGUGCAAGACAAGACAGAGGCGGAGUAGACACACUGUGAAGAAGAGCUGCUGUUCAGCACAUCUACCACGAGAGAAGAUCAACAGACAGGCUGCAGCAUACCACACAGGAAUUCAGCGGUGUGACCACAAAUGGCCCAAUUGAAUGUGACAAACAGCUCGGGGAGCAAUUCUACAGAAUGUCCAUCCAUUGAUGACUUCCGUAACCAGGUGUACUCCACCGCCUACUCGCUCAUCACUGUGUUAGGACUGGUGGGGAACGGCUUCGCUCUGGUGGUGCUGGUCAGAACCAAUCGCCAGAGCUCACCCUUCCAUGUCUACAUUCUGAACCUUGCGGUGUCCGAUCUACUGUGUGUCAUGACCCUGCCACUGCGAGUUAUCUACUAUGUGAACAAGGGCCAAUGGAACCAGGGGGAUUUCCUCUGUCGCAUCAGCUCCUAUGCUCUCUAUGUAAACCUCUACUGCAGCAUUUACUUCAUGGCCGCUAUGUCCUUCACACGUUUCUUGGCCAUAGUCUUCCCUGUGCAGAACCUGCAGCUGGUUACAGAAAACCGUGCUCGCAUGGUGUGUGCAGGUAUCUGGUUAUUCAUCUGUCUUUCAUCUUCACCCUUUCUGAUGUCUGGCCAGAGUUUUGACCCCAUCACAAAUAAAACCAAGUGCUUUGAGCCUCCACGGGGUCCAGCUGUGGAGAAACUAGUCAUAUUGAACUAUUUGUCUCUGGUGCUGGGCUUUUCCCUGCCCUUCCUGGUCAUUCUGAUUUGCUAUGCUGGCAUAGUCCGCACCCUGCUGUUCCGCACCCAAUCUUCCAGACAGCAGACACGCGGCACAGGCACCAAAGCCAUCCGAAUGAUCGUCAUUGUCCUGUUGACCUUCCUGAUCUGCUUCAUGCCCUACCACGUGCAGCGCUCCAUCCACCUGAACUUUCUGUAUCGGACAGAAACCACCUGCUCAGAGCGGAUUGCCAUGCAGAAGUCUGUUGUGGUGACACUGUGCCUGGCUGCUGCCAAUUCAUGCUUUGAUCCACUGCUUUAUUUUUUCUCUGGAGAGGGUUUCCGCAGACGUUUGUCCUCCAUGCGCAAAUCUGUGAAGAGAAGCACCCUGCGUGGUACAGACAGGCUGAAGACCACCAUGGACUCUGAGCCUAGAGAAACCCACCAGCUGACAGCCAGUUGAUUUACAAUAUGAGAGCUUUCAGAAUGGCUUGCAGCCUCGGUAACAAAGAGGAAGGAUGUUGGGAGAAGAAAUUGAAGAUUGAAGUCAAAAAGAGAUAAAGGUUGGUUUACAUUAUAAUUCAAAAGAUGAAGUUGCAAGUCUCAGAAAAAAGCAUUCUUGCUUGAGUCCAUAUUGUUCAGUAUUUCAGUGAUGUUGUCCUGCACCGUGAAGAUAGUACGUAGCCUGUUAUGUCUCAAAACUUGAACGUUUAGAAAAGAAUGAAAAUCAUAGAUUAUAAUUAAAGAAUUGAACAAUGUAUGAUUCUUAUAUAAUGUUGUAAUGUAAAUUGUUUUCUGCGUUGUCUUUUAAGAAUGUUGAAUCCUCUAUUGCACGACCUGCAUGUAAAUGUUAAACAAAAAGUAAUUAUUGUGUUAAUGACAUACUAAAGCAUCUUUGUGGCAUUAUGAAUAUUGUUCCAUGCUGUUGAAUGUAUUUUUAUCAGAAGUUAUUACCAUUCUCUUGUGCUUGACAUAAACACUUUUUCUUAAUUUGGUUUAUCAUUACCCGUAUUUUUGACACUUGAUAUCUUGUUUCAUGUCAUUUUUAAAUGAAUGAUUGGAAACAUUGUGUUACAAUCAAACCUGUCAAAGGCACAUUUAUGGAUUUCCUGCACUGCAAGGAGUUACAAAACGUCACACAUUUUGGGAUUCAGAAGUGGAUUUAAUAAAACAUCUGAACAUUUUAAAAAGUCUGAUACCACUCUCAGAUCUCUGAAGUAAAUAUAAAACUUUAUAAGCCUGCUGGGUAGUAGUAGUUCAGCCCCCAAGCUUCUGAACAAAGGGAAAGUAAUAUCCUUUUUAAUGGAACAAGAGUCGCAUUCAGCACUGUUGUAAAACGUGUCUUUGUGUAUAGCUUGUUGAAUCAAGUGUGGGCAGAUUCACUUUUAUUCCAAUCUUUAUGCUACAGUAAGAGGAUAAAGUUUCAUAUCGAAUGCACUGAUGUUAAAGCAAGUAUCAUUUUUAAAUGGAACAAGAGUUGCAUUCAGCACUGUUGUGAAACGCGUCUUUGUAUAUAACUUGUUGACUCAUGUGAGGAUUCACUUUCUUUCCAGUCUUUAUGCUACAGUAACAGAAUGGAGUUUCAUAUCAAGUGCACUGAUGUUAAAGCAAGUAUCAUUUUUCUUAUGUGCAAGAAAGAUAAAUAUUCCUGUGGAAAGAUCCUGCUGUUCAUGUAUUCUUUCAAACUAUGUUAUGUUGUGUUUGAUAAGUGAGUCAAUAAAUCUUUAAAAAAGUGUUAGAAAAGCGUGAUUGGAACACAGCUGCAGGAGGCAAUUAACCAAUCAGAGGACGGCCCUGCUCGGUCAGCCAGCAGUCGGGAGCGCAGCUCUGUUAGUUUUAAUCUCUCCACUGUGCCUCUCGUUGUCUUUGUCUAUAUGUUUAUUAAACGUUCUUUGAAGAA